AUGAAACAAGUUCAACUCUUUGGUCAACAGGAUCUCCGUAUCACUGACUCAAACACCCCACCUUCUCUCAAAACCCCUAACGAUGUCCUUAUCCAGGUCGGCUUCUGUGGAAUCUGCGGAACCGAUCUACACGAGUACAUGGCUGGUCCUAUCUUUGGCCCCCAACCAGGAGAAAAACACUCCCACUCUGGAAUCGAGCUCCCACUUUGCAUGGGCCAUGAGUUCUCAGGAACUGUCGUCCAAGUCGGCGACAAUGUAACCCGCACAAAACCUGGUGACAGAGUCUGUGUCGACGUCUCGUAUGCUUGUCGCGAACAGGGUAUCUCUCCACCUUGCUAUGCCUGCAAACAAGGUUCCCCCAAUGCCUGUGCACGCCUGUGUCUGCGUGGGUUGUCUGCAGACAAUGGCGGCCUAUCACAGUACUCGGUCAUUGCUGAACACUCGGUCCACGUGCUGCCUGAAAACGUCCCCUUAGAUAUUGGUGCCAUGGUUCAGCCCAUGAGUAUCUCCUGGCACGCCGUCCGUAUCUCUGGUUUCAAGGAAGGUGACACGGCCCUGGUCAUUGGCGCAGGCCCCAUUGGAAUUGCUGCUAUUCUUGCUCUUCAGGGUCAUGGGGCUUCUCAAAUCAUAGUCUCCGAACCUGCAAGUAUCCGCCGUGACCAGGCCAUUGCCCUUGGUGCUCAGCAUGCUCUUGAUCCCACGUCGUUUGCCUCCAUCGAAGACAAUGUUGCACGUAUCCGGGAGCUGACACCUCCUGACUAUGAGGGUGUUGACUAUGUUUUCGAUUGCGGUGGCGUUCAAGCUACAGUCGACCUUGGUUUUGGUGUACUUAAAAUGGGCGGAACUGUUGUUAAUCUUGCUGUUUGGCCCCAAGAUAAAACUGCCACUUUUAAGCCUAUGGCUGUAACCAACCGUGAAAAACGUUACAUGGGCUCCAUGGGUCUCACUGCCCUUGACAUGGAUCAAGUUCUCGAAGCAUUUGCAACUGGAAAAAUGUCCAUGGAUAAAGCUCGUACCAUGAUUACCUCGAAAAUCCAUCUUGAAGAGGCAAUCGAUAAGGGGUUCCAUCAGUUGCUCCACCACAAGGAUAAGCACAUUAAGAUCCUUAUUGCGCCUAAUGGUCACAUGGAUGGCUUUCCACCAAAUGAGGCCGAACAGCAUCUUCCUGGAGGUAUCGAUGUCAUUUCCUGGCAAAAGCAAUUUGAAGCUAAUUAA